UAUUUUUUCGACUCCUGCUAUUUAGACUAGGCGUCAGACGGUCAAGUGGGGUCCUUUUGGGGUCUUCAAGAUUAGAAAACAACGGCGUUGUUUAGUUCGCAAGCAAAACUGAAAUGAAUUAUAAUUCACGUAAAUAAUGGAUGACAAUGAACUUGAAAGGAAGGCGGUGGAGGAACUCCUUAAAGAAGCUAAACGAGCCAAAGUCCGUGCAGAGACCAUGGGUCCUUCUGGGUGGAUGAAGUGUCCGCUGGGAAGUACCAAUAAGCGUUUUCUGCUGAACACGUUGGGAUCCUCUGCAAUGAUUGGUGAGCCAAAAACCCAGGGUGGUUCUGAGAGAGGGGAAAAAGAACAUAGGUACAGAACUUGUGAAAAACAUCGCAAAAAAGACUGCGAAGAGUGCAGAAAAGACCAUUCACACAGUAGACAGCACUCUCAUUCACACUCAUCAAAACAUCGGUCCUCACGCAGUGGUUCAACAUCAAGAAGCCACUCCCCCUCCAGGAGGUCAAAUAGGACUCGAUCUCGCUCACCCGCGAGAGGCACUUAUACAGCGGUCAAAAAUGACAGUGACAGAAGAAAAAAAUGAUUUAAUAGCUAUAAGAGAGUGUAGUGAGUACUAUGUGCAAUUGUAUUUUUUUGUCUGCAUACUUGAUUUAUGCAGUUUGUAGACUGCAAACACAAAGACUGCAUCUGAUUUUGUACACAAGUUAUAGGGCAUAUGGUUUACAAAACUUUCUACACGCAGUUGCCUAGAAUGUGCAAGAUCUACUUUUCUUUAAGUUCAUCUUAACUGUUGUGUUGCAAGUAGUCAUUUUAACUAUAACUAAAUUGUAAAAAAAUCCAUUUUAUUAUUAUUUCCGGAGUAUUUUUGAGUCAGGAAAAACCUGACCAACAAUAAACAUGAUAUUGGUGAUCACUCACCUAUGUGCAGUAUUUACUGUAGUGUAGUUUAUCAUUAAAAAUCAUUAUUAUAGAAAUAUGUUUAAAAUAAACGUUUGGUUGAUAUGGCUAUUCUUUAGUUUCGUAAAUAAAUGAUUUUUCCCUCAG